CAUUCUGCCACUUCAGACCUGAAAACCGUGUGGCCCACAAAAUCUUACUGAUUUCAGGUAGAAGUAGUAACUGAAGAUGUCAAGCAAAACAGCAACCACCAACAACAUUGCCCAGGCAAGGAGAACUGUGCAACAGUUAAGACUAGAAGCCUCUAUUGAAAGAAUAAAGGUUUCAAAGGCAUCAGCGGACCUCAUGUCCUACUGUGAGGAGCAUGCCAGGAGCGACCCUUUGCUGAUAGGAAUACCAACUUCAGAAAACCCUUUCAAGGAUAAAAAAACUUGCAUCAUCUUAUAGAGGAAAGUGAAACAGUGCCUCGCCUCUUCUCAAAGCAAAUUACGAGCAGCUCCUUGAAGAGAUUUACUUCAGCUUUGGUAACCACUGCUAAUAACUAAAAUGCUCUUAACUUGGAAUCAUGGACUCUGAAGUCUUUAUUUCCCAAGUUGCCCUUUCUCUGAAAUUCCUAUACUUAUUUAAUAACAAUCUUGUUUUCCAUUUGAAAACUAUGGUGUCUCAUUGGGUUACCACUUAAGGAAAGUUGGUCUGGGCCUUAAAAAAAAAAAAAAAAAAAAAAAAAACUGAAUAACUUUACUCCUAAAACCUUUAUAUCCUAGUAUGUUCUUAAUAGGAUUAUCCCAGCCUGUGCAGUCUACACUCAUAAGGAGUGUUGUGUGUAUAUAUAUGUCUUUGUGUACACACAUCAAAGCUUAUUUCCUUGUAAAAACGUCCCUCUCUCCAUACCACCAUAUCCUCAACUCCAGAAGUUAAAUACCUUUAUUGUGAGCUAUGUGUAUGGAAGUAGAAUAAAAACAUUCUUUUCAUAGUUAUUGCAAAAGAAGAAAGAACAUCCUAAAGGUUAUAUUUAUUAUAAUCUAGUAAUAGUCUUUGUAGUCAACUAAUGAAUUCAUCUCUCUUCUCGAAAUCUCGCUGACUUCUUAGGCUAUAAUAAACUGUGCCAACUAAAAUGUAAAGUCUGAACUAAAAGCCACUUUAUAAUAUGAGGUAUUAAUUCACAAAAGGCCUCUGGGCAUCAUUGUUCCUGAAUCAAGAUGAGACCCUAAGGGAGGACCCAUGGUUCAUGUUCUCUAGAUUAGGGAUAGGCACCUCAGAAAUUUCCACCCUAAUGGCUGGAGUGAGAUAGUGCACAGGAGCCCACCCAAGAGAGGAGCAGAAAUGUGUGAAAACCAGCUGCUCUUGGCCUGACUUCAUGACAUAGCUCUGUCUCUGCCUUCCCUUUAUCUUUUCUCUGCUGCCAGAUAUCUAUGCUCAAAGGUUGUGUUCACCACCCUAGCCUCAACUGGGUGGAACACUAUGGGAUGAAACCAUAACAAAAGGUAUCAAGACGUAUCUGCAGCGUUAUCCCUACCUUGUCCGCAGAGCAUCUGUGAGAGGAAUACAGGCCACCCUGACCCAAGGGUCUCAGCAGCUGGUACUGGGCUCCUUGAUUAUCCUCAGGGCAUGAAUGCAGCCCUCACCUCCUCCAUUUUCCAGUGGGGAUCCCCAAAAAAGAAUGCCCUAUGGCAGGAGGGUAUUGAAACUUUAUCAGAGGAAGAGAGUCCUUUCUUCACUUACUUCAGGGCCUAAUCCAUUCACAAGAACUUUGGAAAUUUUAAUUUUCAGUUUAUUAAAGAUUUAUUCUUAAAGGAGGAUUUAAUCCCAAGAAGGAAUUAUUUACAAUUUGCCCUAGUCCUGUACAAUCGUGCCCUGCAGACAAGCCCUUUUCAAAACCUAAUGUCUGGACUUUGAGAAUUAUGCUAAUUUUGGUGAAUAAAUGCAAGUACUGUUUCUUCACGUCACCUACAAACUGGGCCUUGCAAACUGUCUCCUCUCUUCCAAGACCAUAUGAAAAUCAUGCCACCAUUAUAACAUCUCAUCACCUACCACUCCAUUCUGCAAUACACCCAAUUUGCAAGUAAAUUAUAGGCAACAAUUAAGAGCGAUAACUUUUACCUUUCAAAAGGUAAAACUUGAGACAUAUACUAAAAGACAACUUUACAUUUACUGCUUCACUGAAUGAGACAUUUUUAUAAGUAUAUUUUUCUACUGAUAGUUUCAGAACAUCAAUUUUCCUUUCACUUUGAUUUUUAACAUGUUUCUUUAAAUAUUUAUAAAGCCGCCUGCUACAGAAUGUUUUCAUGAAAUUACUUUUAUUAUACAGUUGUAGGCACAUUUUUUGUAGCAAGCAUAGUUUAUGCUUUCAUACUAAAACAUUCUGUUACCUAACAAAAGAAAUAUGUUUUGCUAUAUAUUUGUUAAUAUGCUUGCAGUGAUAAGGUAUGGACUUGAGGUCCCAGGAGAUUUCAUUUUAUUUUCACUGGCCAGACAUAAAGGCUAUGAAUAUAAAUAUUAUGUAAUUUCCUAUCCAGGUGUAGGGCAUGUUCAAGAAAAGUGGAAUCAAAUCCUUUGAUGCUGAACCCUAACUGUUGAUUUACUUAUAACUCGACGUCUAUGUGGGAAAAUAUAAUAUAUGUAUACAUAUGUGAUAUGCAGAAGUCACUUUUAUUUAUCAGGCUUUAUUCUACUUAUGAAGCCACAGUUAAACUGUUUUACAGCAGCUGGUUUAUGAUAAUGAUAGACAAAUGCCCAGUGUGUGUUUUUUUCCCCCCUACCUACUACUAUAUUAAUCACACUCAUUAAUCACUUAUAUGAGCAAUUUCUUGGCUUCAGAUCUAUGAAGCCAUUUAAGUAUGUACAAUAUAUUUUGUCCUUAAUGCUGCUUAUUUUCAUUCUUCUAUCUUCAUUAGUUUAUCAUAAAUCUGUCCAGUUAAGGCCUCAGGACCAUAAGAUUUGCUAGACGGAACUUCAUGACUCCAGUUUUUUAUAGAGAAAACACUUUGUAUACUAGGCAGUUCACAAGCCAUAGGUUCUAGCUAUUUUUUAAAUUUCCUUACCUUAUUCAAUUCAGAAGUGCCAUACUUAUCUUUUAAAGACCUGAUUUGCUUCCUCUCUGUUUGGACUGUUUUGUAUUUUACUAAUCUUUAAACUAUCAAAAAAAAAAUACCAAUGAUUUAGUAAUUUUUAGGCAUAGGUUAGAUCAUGGAGGAUGUGCCAAACCUUCCCUCUAGCUGCCUUCUCCUCAACCAAUUUACAACUAAGCUAGUAUCAUUUGAGUGAUUCCUCUGAAUUUUGAUUUAAAAUCUACUUAGGUCCCCCAAGAAGUGAACUCUAGUGCAUGUCCUUUCUUGGUAAAAUAAAUAACCCAGUUUCUUUUGAAUUGUGUUCGUUUCUUCUAUGGUAGACCUGUUGAUAAAACUACAUUGACUCAAAUAGAAUUAUAUGUAUAUUAAAAUAGAGCACUUACCUAAAAUUGGGCGGCCUAGAUUUUAGCCUCGGAUCACUUUCUAGCCAAUCCUGUGUCGCUGUAUCAUGUGACUUUGGACAAAGCAGUUCCUCUCUCUGGGCCUCCAUUUCACCAUCUGAAAAAUGAGAGGCUUUUAGUAGAUGAUGGCUGAGCUCCCUCCCUGCUCUCAGAUGCCUCAGUCCAAUGCCUACCCCUCUACUGGUCCUGCCAACAUGUUGGUGCUAUAAGCUGCUUCAAAUAUAAAAUUGGUUUGUCUAUAGCAUAUGCUCAUUUAAUAGUUUAUGAAAGACCAUUUUGUUAUACAGCUUUUCCCCCUAAUUUUAUGAACUUGAUUACUGUAAUGUUUUUUAGCCAUGUAACUAUAAACAUUCUCUUGAUGUGUCUCAGUAAAUUUGCAUUUGAUAUAUAAUUGAUGGAAUUUUGUUAAAAUUCUUUGGCUACUCAUCUGUCCAGCACCUUAUUAACCUAAACACUGUGAUCAUUGUUUGCAAACCUGUCCUAUGAAAAGAAUAAAAUCAUUUACUUCACAGCUAACAUUCACAAUAUUUCAAAGAAGUUUCAUUAAAAGCACCAUUGCUGUAUUUACUGGGUCAUUGCCUCGUUGCUAUCCUGUCCAUGUAUUGUUCAGUAAAUUGACCAAUUCUCUUCCUUUUUUCAUUCAUUUUAGUUAACAUUUUCUGUGCACCUGCUGAGAGCCAGGUGUGGAAAAUAAAGCUCUGAUGACGCUCAAAUGAAUAAAGCUUACAACCCCAGAAAGGUGGGGAUGACACGUUCAAAUUCACAAUUAUUGUGCUGUGUAAGAAGUGCUGUAGCUCAGGUGAACACAAGGAAAGCCCAGAGGAAGGAGGCACUGGCUCUACUUUAAUGAAGCCCAAAAAGCUGCCCAAGGGAGGUGGUGUUGAACUAGGUUCCUGAAAGAAAAAGAAGGCUACACGCAUUGGAAUGCAAUCUUGGGA